ACACAAAGAUAGAAGGCAACAUACUACAACUGGUAAUAACUGUGGAAAGCAACAGUAACCGAUGGCUCUACACUAGACGACUUUUAUCUUGGAGAAACUUCCGGGAAGCACCAGCCACGCAAACUUGACGUUUGCUCCACACCAUCCCCCUCCUGGCGGUUUCUCGGUGGUACAUGAACCGGCGACACAACGGACGAAGUGCGGCUAGCGAAGACAAUGACUACAUCCUAACGAGAGCCAGAAAACCGGAUUAAAAGCGCUCAUCAGUACACGAGAAUAGUUCCACACACCACCACAGCGCCGCAGCCACUGUCAAUUCUGGGAUCAUGUCUGUCAACCACGAUGAUUCUGCCUUCCACGAGGAGACCACAGACAGCUUCUGGGAGGUUGGAAACUACAAGCGAACCGUCAAGCGGAUCGAUGACGGUCACCGCCUUUGCAAUGACUUGAUGAACUGCAUCCAGGAGCGGGCCAAAAUUGAGAAAUCCUACGCACAGCAACUCAUCGAGUGGUCCAAAAGAUGGAGACAACUGGUGGACAAAGGUCCUCAGUACGGCACAGUGGAGCGGGCUUGGCUGUCGGUGAUGACAGAGGCGGAGAAAGUGAGUGAGCUCCACCAGGAGGUGAAGAACCAGCUGAUGAGUGAUGACUUUGAGAAGGUCAAGAACUGGCAGAAGGACUCUUACCAUAAACAAAUGAUGGGAGGAUUCAAGGAGACCAAAGAGGCUGAAGAAGGUUUCAAGAAAGCCCAGAAACCUUGGGCCAAAAAGUUAAAAGAGAUGGAAGCUGCCAAGAAAUCGUACCAUAUGGCCUGUAAAGAAGAGAAGCUGGCAGCGUCCAGGGAAGCCAACGGUAAAGGAGAAUCCUCGGUGACAGCAGACCAGCAAAAGAAACUUCACGAGAAAGUGGAAAAAUGUAAACAGGACUCACAAAAGGCGAAGGAAAAGUACACAAAAACCCUGGAGGAGUUGAACAAGUGCACCCCGGGUUACAUGGAAAACAUGGAGCAGGUAUUCGACCAGUGUCAGCAGUUUGAAGAGAAGCGGCUCAGCUUCAUCAGAGAGGCGCUGCUGGACGUGAAGCGCCACCUCAACCUCACAGAGAACCAAAGUUAUGCAGCCGUGUACAGAGAACUUGAACACACCAUCAUGUCAGCCAGCGCACAUGAAGACCUCAAGUGGUUCAGCAACACCUACGGGCCAGGAAUGCACAUGAACUGGCCACAAUUUGAGGAGUAUAACCCUGACCUGACUCACAACAUUGUUAAGAAGUCUAAGAAAAGCAACGAUGGAGUCAUGCUGACCAAUGUCAGUACAGUGAAUCAUCAUCCGUCACAGCACAGAGACAGUGGUGGCAGUUUUGACAAUACCCAGGCCACGGACGAGUGGUCGGAAGAGUACAACGCUGCUUCAAACGCUGACACUAAUGGAGGGAUGAGGUCCUUCGACGAGGAUUUGGGCAGCAAAGGUGUGCGAGUGAGAGCUCUCUACGACUACAACGGACAAGAGCAAGAUGAGCUGACCCUGAGAGCAGGCGAGGAGCUGACAAAGCUGGAGGACGAGGACGAGCAAGGCUGGUGCAAAGGUCGUCUAGACAACGGUCAGCUGGGCCUCUACCCGGCCAAUUAUGUGGAGGAAAUUUAGCAGUUCCAGCUGAGGACCCUUUUAUAGACUGAUACAACUGCACAUUGCAUUCUGACACUUUGAAGCCCCCCCCCUCUUCCUGUCAGACUCAGAGAGCCAUGUGUGGACUCGCCCUUUGUUCCAAGCUGGAAGAUCCCUGAAGCUACUGCGCCUGGCUGUCUGUCAUUUGUGAUGCUUACAAGCCAUACAAUCGUCCUGAAUUUGUGCCUGGAGAACAAGAGCCACGCAUUGUGCAUUUCAUGUACAUAUUUCUAUCUUUUUUAACAGUCUGGAUGCUUGUACAGUCUUAUUUCUGUUUCAGACAGUGUUGGUGUUUCACGUGAAAUAUUUAUAUGUUUAGGAUGAGAAAUGGUGACGUUUUGGGAAUUGUUCCACAUUGCUUUUCAUGCUGUCGAUCUGAUGCAGCUGUUGAUGUCAUUUUCAACAUUUUGUUUUCUGUUGCCACAGAGCUUUUUACUGAUCCCGCGUCACAUAUCUGAGUCCAUGACAACUUGUCAUUUUGUACUUUAGUUUCUUAAACAUGAUUAAAUAUCUUGUAAAUUACCGUAAUUUCCGGACUAUAAACUGCUAGUUGUUUAUCCUCCCAACUUAUACAACAGUGUGGCUAAUAUAUGGAUUCUUACAUUGGCUGAGCCAAUGAAAUCUGAGGCUAUUUAUUUACCCUUAAAGCACUCAGAAUGAGCUGUUUUCACCCGCGGUGUCCACAGCUCCGACAAUAGAGUCGAUCUCCUGGAGUUCUGGAAUCGAGAAGCAGCCACUGAGACCGGCAGUGGUGUCUGAACUUUGGGCAUGUGAGCAAAAACACCGAAUAAAAGAUGUGAGACGCUGUCUCGAGACAAAGUGCGUUCGGCACAAAAGUCCGACGUGAACACAAGGGAGUCGGGUUUUGGCGGCUGACUUGAUCCUGGCUGGAGAGCUGCACCAUGUCUAUUGUCUGAGAGCAGCGUUGAUAAAUCAAGACACACUGUAUUACGCAGCUUGUUUCUGCUAUUUCCUCACUCUUGAUGCUGGACCCCAUUUUCAAAACUAGUUUCGAAAAGCGUUUUUAGGAUAACGCACCACUGUCCUGACCUGUUUGCAGCGCAGACAGCACCACUGAACCUGCGAUUGGUGCGGCUUGUGUAUAAACAAGACCUACCUGUAUGUUCCUUCUUAAAUUUAUCGGUGCGGCUAAUAUUCCAGUGCACUCUAUAGUCUGGAAAUUACGGUAUUUCUAGUAUUUGUUAACAUGAAAAAUUCGUUUUUCGUUUUUGUUUGAAUUGUGGAGCGAGCCAGAUCAUCAACUAAACUAAACUAAAUAACCCACAAUUUCAUGAUCGUCUUGCAGUCAAUGCAGUCAAAUGUAUUUACCAGUAAAUCAAAUGGACACUUGUCCUAUCAUGUGAUCUGAUUAUUUUUUACUUUUAAUAUUGCAUUUAAUUACUUCUUGUUCAGUUUUUACAAUGUCCCUUCAAAUGUGGUGUCCCAAAGCUUCUCUGAUGUUUUUCCCAAAAUAUUACCUGUUUCUAACUGCGUUGUUUUCUGUAAUAUGUCGGUUAAUUAUCUGUGUCUCACAGUAAAAAUCACAAUCAGUCACUCCUUCUUCUUUUCAAACGCCACCGUUUGCCUCCACGGCCCCUUCUACUGCUGCGUGCCUGCCAUUGCUGCCUCUUGUUUGCUACUCCCUGUUAGGGCAGCAGCUCCUGAAAGCUCCGCUCGCUGCUGUUAAAUGUAGCCCUUUCUGUGUGACGCAAAUUCUCCUGCUAACAUCUGAGUGAAGUUAUGCAUGUCAACCUUCAUAUUCUUUGCAAAAUGACCUAUUGCUUCGCAUUCAUGAGAAUUAAAAAGGAACAGGACGGUGGGCCAAAAACAAUGCAGCAGAACAAUCCCAGUUUCAAGAAGUGGUAAAGGAAGAAGGCAUGCAUGGGUGGGAAAAAGUGUCAUUCAGGAGCAGAAAAACAAGUAAUUUAUUUAAAAAAAAAAAACACACACACAUAAAACUAUUUUUUUCUGCACAGUGUAACGGGAUGCAAAAUAAAAAGAUUAAGUGAAUAAAAUGUCCCAAUGAAGUUAUUUUCCAAAAGUCAGUUUCUCCCAGUAUUUUUGUACUUGCACCUAACUUUCUAACUGGUGGUUCAACCCAGACAUAAAAAAUCCCACCCGGAAUCCAGCUUCCUUAACCCUCAGAGCAGGAUGGACUUUACACUGCAAGUGUUGCUUACAGUAGUUUAUACCAUGAUGUUGCAGCUUGUACCACGGCUUUCAGGAUCAUGGUCAUUUUACACUCGAGGAUGUUAGGCCAAGGCUCUGUGGGGACCUUUGGCACCACGUGUCAAACUAAAGUAUCAAAUGUAUAUGUAAAAAAAAUGAAAUUAUUGAACAAUUGAUGGACAAGUUCUGCAUCGAACCCAGCAGAGUGACAGUGACCAUCCAUGGAGAGAAACACAGUGAAUAUCAUUACAUUACUACACAUAUAGACCAACCACUUGGUUGAACCACAACCUGCAAACUUGGACAAUAGUUGAGCCAAAAUGUCUUUUUAAAAUUUAUAUUUUUUUGUAUGUGUAACUCUUGAAAAACAAACUUUGAUUUGGCUUUGUUAUCUCUAUCCUUUGAUGGUAUUACAUGUUCAUCAUUUUUAAAGGCACAGCAUAUUUCCUGUCACAUGAGACGGGGUGGUUCCCCGGCGACCACAGUUGUUGGCGAACCUGACACUCCAAGUUGAAGAAGAGGACGGGUGUUUUCUUACCGAGCUGGGCCGAAAAAGCGCAGCGCAGAACAUCAGAAAGAGGAUCUGUCUGUGAAAUAUUGAUGAGAUGUUUCUGCCGCAACAAAGAAUUGGCUGCAGAAAGAGCUCCAGUUGUGAAAGGCCCCUGAAGGUGGCAUGUUUUCUGAUGGGCUUUUGUAGGCAAGUUCUGAUGACGAAUGUUGCCUGAUGAAUAUUUAAAAGUUCAUCCAAAUUUCACGCGUCAUUCCGAUGCUGUCUCUAUGCUCUCUUCCUAAAACUCUGCUGCUGUUAUCCAAACAGUGUCUCUCAUCAGCUUUUCUUCUUAACCUGUUAAAAGGUCAAAGGCACUGAUGGACCAGCUGCUUUCCUUCAUGGAUGAGAAGUCAUUUGAAAAAAAAAAAUAUUUGUAUGAUGUUCGCCAGGCUUUAAUUCCAGCUAAAUGCUCCAAAGCGGUACCUUGUGUCUCCAGAAUGCUGUACCUGACCGGACCACCGUGUCUGCUGAGACGACCGGAAGGUUGUGAACUGACCUCCCAAAGUUGAUCAUGUCGCUGUUGUAUUGGUAUUUUGUAUCUUGGGGCCAUAAACCCCACACUGUAGUGCCUGUUCCUCAGCUGAAACAAAAAAUAAAAGACA